UUGUGGACGUCCUCCAGCGAUCUGCAGAUCCGAAGGCAGCCUUGGGGAUCCCCUCACCCUGCAGAAGCUAAUGCCGUCCCUCUGUGGCCUGGGGCAUCGCUGGGCAGCUUCGGGGCUGAGCGGGCCCCAAGAAACCUGCUCCGAUGGGCACGUGACGCAAGCGUCCCUGGCUUGCCGGCUGGCGACCGCGCUGCUGCUGCUCGUGUGUUGUGCGCGGGCCACUUCGGGUUCUCUGAGAGUGGAGGUGCCACUAAGGAAACUGACCGUACGCCUGAACGACAAUGUCACCAUCCCCUGCAAUUUCUCUGGCUUCGCAAGGCUGGACCUAUGUGUUAUGGCCAUUAGGUGGUUUCGCAUAGAUCCUAAGUCUGGAUUGAAGAUCACGGUGUUCGAGGUAUUUGGCAUUAAUAAAAACAUUCCCAGAACUGGGGCCGAAGUGUCUCGAGAGAGGCUGCAGAGGGGCGACGCCUCACUGCAGCUGCCUGCGGUCCAGCUGGGGGAUGCAGGAGAAUACUGGUGCGAGGUGGUGGACACCCCUGCCAUGGAAGAUGACAGCAUCUUGCUGGAAGUACUGGCUGUGCCAACCAGCAGAGUGUUUGUGGAACAGACCACGGGGACCGGUAACAGUAUGUACCUUGUGUGUCAGUCCUUUGGGUUCUACCCAGAAGCCAUUAACAUAACAUGGGAGAAGCGGACCCACAAUGUUUCCCAGGACCAGAGGAUUUCUACAGACAUCUAUACUGAUCCCAUCACCCUGAAUGAGGAUGGUACCUUUAACAUCACCAGCUACUUGAAACUCAUUGCCUCUCUGGAAGACACCUACUAUUGUGUAGUGGAUCACACAUCCUUGCAAACCUCCCAGAGGCUGAACUGUACACUGUUUGUGAGAAAUGCUGUGAUGAGAAAUCACGUCUGCAUUCUCUCUGUAUUUCUCAUUUUGCUGAUUUUAAUAGUGAUUUUUGUUUCUUAUUGUAUAUCCAAAAGGUAA